AUGUCUGACACGUACGGCGCAACUUACACUCCCUCCACGAUCGGCCAGCAUGGCACCUGGACUGCUCCCGAGCUCUGGAAACCCAAGGAGCGCGGCUUCCGCUUCGUCCGUCUCGUAUGGGUCGACUACGCAGGCUUCACCCGUUACCGCGUGCUUCCCAUCUCGUAUUCCGACUGCAUCCUCGCCAGCCCGCGACCGGGCGUCGCCCUCGCCACCCUCGCGCUCGGCCUCGUCACCCUCGCGCUCGGCCUCGUCUUCUCCACCUUCCCCGAAGGUUUUGGUAGCAACGGCGAAAACCUUUUCGUCCCCGAUACGUCCACGCUUCGCAUUGCGUCCUACACCGAGCCUGUCCCGUCGGCCCCUGCAAGCAUUUCGUUCGGCACCCCUGAACUCGACUCCGCUCUGUGUCCUCGCGCGUUGCUCAAGCGCGUCUGCGACCAAGCCACCGCGCAAGGCGUGACUUUCCUCAUCGGUUUCGAGAUCCAGUUCGCCUUGCUCUCGUCUACGAACCCGAUCACGCCCGUCAACGAAGCCGAUUGGUGCGUCUCGCGCGGCCUCGCCUCCGGCUCGCCCGAGCUCAAGACCCUCACCGCCAUCGCCAUCGCCCUGCGCGACACCGGCAUCGAGCUGCAGACAUUCCACUCGGAGCUCCUCCCCGGUCAGAUGGGUUUCGAAGUUGUCACCGGCCCGCUGACGCCGCUCGACUCCGCCGACGCGCUCAUCGCCACGCGCGAGGUCAUCGCCAACGUCGCCGCCUCGCAUGGCCUGCGCGCGACGUUCGCACCUCGCAUCUAUCGCGAUGGCCCUGGUAGCUCAUCGCACGCCCAUAUCUCGCUUCAUCUCACCUCUCCCAAGCCCGCCUCCGGCACCCCGUCCCUCUCCGACCCCGAACGCGCUUUCCUCGCCUCCGUCAUCGCCCACCUCCCGGCUCUCACCGCGCUCACCCUCCCUACCCCGUCUUCUCACGACCGGAUUCGCGACGGCGACCACACUCGGGUGGAACCUGGGUCGCGUGGGGAAUCUCAGGAACACGCGAGGUGCCCCUCCGCCUGUGCGGUCUGCCCUCCGCGCGGGACUUCGAGUUCGUCUGCUGGACGGCACGGCCAACCCAUACCUCGCGCUCGCGGCGAUGCUCGGCGUGGGCCUGAAGGGGAUCAAAGACGAGACGCUGCUCGAGGUCGAGCCGUGCGAAGGCGCGGGGCCGAACGGGCUGCAAUGGGACGAGCGGGAGCAGAAGGGGAUCAAGGAGCGCGUGCCGAACAGCCCAUGGGAAGCACGGAAGCUUUCAAGAGAGAUGGAGUGGUGAAGGAGGUAUUGGGCGAGGAAAUCGUGAGCGCGUAUCUGACGGUGCACGAGGCGCUUGAGAGGGCCGUGCAGACCGAGGCAGGCAGGUUGGGCGGGGACGGGGUGAGGGUCAUGGCGGAGAAUUAUUAGGUAUCUUUGGUGAAACAAAGAUCCAAAGACUGGAUUUGAAUGUACGAUAUUGGGAUGUGUUAUCCAAAUUACGUACGCCGUCGAUCGUGCCAAAGAGAGGUAGGUAGGUAGGUAGAAUACUCGAUUGGGCCCCUCUCCCAGGCUCUCAGGCUUGUUGAACUCUC